CACUGUACGCGGCUCAGGAAUCACUGUAACACCGGACAGGACACAGGACCGUGCGCGCGCGAUUACACGUAACCUGCCGAGACGACUACGCGUUACGUGUGCUUGUAAGCGAAUCAUCGAAACGACUCGUCUCGCAGAAGAUACGGAUUCGAGUACCGUCGAGAGAGAUUUACGUUAUUGUUUACGAUUCGAUCGAUCGUAUCGCUGCUUCUGCCGAAUUUAUCGUUCUUAUCUCUCUUUUUUUCACUCGACGAGGAUUAUUAUUCUGGAAGUCUCUCGAAAUACGAGCAAAUUCGACAUAUGGACGUCGGAUUGCGAGACGGCCCUGAUGAAAUUUUGCGAUCGUGAACGCGAGUCAACGGCCUUAUCAGCGUCACCAGCCAAAACAUCAUCGGCCACGUUCGAUGCAUCGAAUUUCACCGCGUCCGAUCGCGCAAUCUUUCCGAGAAGAAACAUCUCUCGUAUCCCCAAGUGACUCGAGAACGAAGAAAACGUGAGCGAGAAGAGGCGACGAGUAUAUAAAUAAAUUACACUGUAAAUUCCGAGGAAAAAUUGAAGGGAAACAAUCUUGAUGUGAAUCUUAUCGAAAGAAGAAGAGAAACGGCGACGUGAAAAAGGCGGGGAAAAUACAAGCUGAGCUGAGAUAAAAUUCCGAGUAAAUAAAUCAAAGUUGGAAGAAAGACAAAUACAAUUUGAAGGGAAUCUUGGCGCGAUCGGAGGCGCAAAUCAGUGAACGGUCGUGCGGCUCGUGCACGCGCCGUCUCGUGCUGCAGCGCGAAGAAGGGAGAGAGAGAGAGAGAGAGAGAGAGAGAGAGAGAGAGAGAGCGAGAGAGAGAAAGAGAGCGCGCGGGAGAAGGUGGGAGGCGGGAGAAAGAGGGCGCCAGCACGGGAUAUCGCGCGCCCGCGAGACCGGACUCGCGGAGUGUCGUGGACGAAUUCUCCGCUGUCGUGCGUCGUGCCGGCCACCUCUCGUCGCCGCGAAUGUGUCAGUGAGUCCGCAGACGUGAAACUAACCUAAUCUCGCGUCGUAUCAUCUCGUGCCGUGUCGUGUGUGUGCGUGACGUACGUUUGAUUUGUUCAUCCUACGCGUGUCAUUUCGUCAUCGCGGCACCGAUCGAUCGAUUCAGUUCCAAUUUCAACGAUCGCCGAGCGGAGCUCGAUUCGAACUUUUUCUUUUUUUUUCUCUCUCUCUCUAUUUUCGUUGCCGGAGGAGUGAUCGAGCCGAAGAAAUCGCCAGCUCUCUUUUCGCGUACACGCCCGUCCAGCUGUCACGUGACGCGCGCGCGCGAUUCUUUGGCGGAGGACACAAUAACAUCGCGUUAGCGAACGUUUAGUGCAACGAGGAACGGAGGGCAGGAGGGGCGGAAGUGAUCAUCGCCUGAUUCCAGCGGUACCUACCGUCGUUCUAUGCGGCAAGAUGAUGGAGACACAGAAUUACUGGGAGGAGAAUUCCGCGCAUUCGAUGCAGGUGAAAUAUGAGAGUCUGGAUGGUAGCUCCUGCAAGGACGAGAUAUACAGCAUGGGCAUAGGAGCUGGAUAUUGCGAGGGCAACCUGAACUUCGCCACGGCCUCGGAGGAUGACGAGGUUUAUACUAAGAAGAAGGUCUCCAGGCAAGAUCCAAUGUCACACAGGAUCAUUGAGAAGCGUAGAAGAGAUCGCAUGAACAAUUGUCUGGCUGAUCUUAGUAGACUCAUACCGGCAGAAUAUUUGAAGAAGGGUCGAGGCAGAGUCGAAAAGACGGAGAUCAUCGAGAUGGCGAUCCGUCACAUGAAGCAUCUUCAAGGCCUCCGACAAGAUACCAAGCACUCGUCCGUGACAUCGGUGCACACGCAUCCCGAGGACAGCGUGGACAGCGUGUCCCAUUCGACCGCCGCGUCCACCGCAGCGGAACACUACAGGUUGGGAUUUCAGGAGUGUCUGAACGAGACCAUGCACUUCCUCGAGGAGGUCGAGGGAUUUUUCGGGAGAGAUACUCUCUGCGUACAACUCUACAAUCACUUGCAGCAGCACUGCGAUAAGAUCUUAGCCAAUGAUCGAGUAAGUUUUCCGCAUCCCGAGCUGCCGACGACGAAUGGCGCGAUGAACGGCGCCGGCUACGCUCACGCGAGUAUCGCGAUGAUGUGCCAGCCCAACGGCGGUCACUCGGAUCACGGCUCGAGUUCGGGCGUGAGCUCGUUCGGUGACUCGGAGCGUCCGUUGCUACGAUCGGUGAUCGUGCCGCCGCCGACGAUCGUGAGUGACGACAGCAAUCACAGCACUCAUUCGCACAGCACGCCAUCCGGGACCGGCGCCGUCACUUGUCGGCCGACCAAUUAUAAGUUCAAGAGCUCGAUUAAGCAGAGGUUCUCGGCCGAGAGGAUCAAGUCAUGCUCGUCGCCAGUGUCGAAUGGCGUCGGUCUGGACAAGCCGACGUCCUCGUCGUCGCACGGGGUGCCGAUCUUCGCGCUACACGACGCCGGUUCUUUCUAUGUACCACUGACAGUCGAGGCGUCCAUGAUCAAGCCUUACCUAAGCUUCAUCCCGGAUACCGGACCCGAUAUCGUUCUCCAUCCUGUCACGAUAUCGGUCAAUUUUAAUCACUUGUCGCCGCCUGCGUGGUCGCAACAGCACAGUCCCAUUCACCAGCAUCAGACAUAAGAGAGAAGCGAAAUAAAACGGUUUGUCAUUUGAUUACUAGUGUCUAUCAUAGACGAGGGACGUAUUCCCAGUUCUUUAUCGAUUUCUGAUGUCGAUCCUUGACGGAUUAUACCGCUAUUUUAAAGCGAUUACAAAAAUUCGGGCGAGUUCUUGAAUAAUAUCAUCAAACAUCGCGAUAAAACUGAGAGCGAUCAUGAGGCCGUCCGUAGCGCUUGCGAGAAUCACGAGCAACCUCGUAAUUGCUCUAAUUUAUUAGUCGCAAUACCCGAUAGACGGAAUAGAGCGAUCUAUAUACGUUACAAUUUACUGACAUAAUUAAUAAAUUUGCUAAAUCUCGUUAUAUUAAACUUUGAAAAAUCUUAUAAAUUUCUGACAUUAGUCACGCGCGAUGUAUUAAAUAUAUUUGCAGAAACAAUUAACACGUUCAGCUGGACUGAUUUUAGAGACUUUCCGUUUACGCCAUGUGGAUCGCAUGUGCGCUUGGCAUUAUCGAGAUUAAUUCUUAUAGUCUGCUUAUAAUAUUUUGUAUCGUGUAUAGAUUGCCUGUUUGGUGUACGUUGCGUGACGCUGAAAUCGAAGAUGUUUGUAACAUUUACCGAGGCUGUGGGUCCUUUUAGCAUUUAUGAGAGGAAGCGAGAGAGAGCGUGAGAGAAUGAAUGAGAGAGAGCGAGAGAGCGUGUUAAGAGUUUGUACAUAGGUAGAGUAUUAAGAAUAGAAAGCCCAAGUCGUUUUGGCUUUGAUGUGUCUUUCUUCGUUGUUAAUCUGUAUAAUUCAGACACCCGUUUUCCUUCUUCCCUGACGGAUAUUUCAUCUCGUUCCUCCUUUCGCUCCAUUUAUUCUCCUUCUUCGAUUUGCUUAUUUUCCAUUUUGUCAGUUCGACAAACCUUUCGCGUAUGCCGUGUUCUCUUAGUCAAGAAUCAGUAUGAAUCGGUAUGUACUGUAAGAAUUAUGUGAUAAAAAUUUAGAAGUAUAUUAAAUAUUGAAUUGAUUGCCGUUAUUCUGCUACUGUUGCCUCGGUCAUUCUGAGCCUUGCCUUUGCCUCGUCACGUGGUUAUAUGCUGCAAAUUCAAGAUGGCAGAAACUUCCGGAGCGAUUUUGAAAUAAUCACGCAGAGCGAAAAAUAAUAAAUUUGAUUAUUGUUUUGAUUAUGAUAUUCUCGUUAUCUUUCCAUUUCUUACAGUACUUAUUACGUAUAUCGAAUCUUACUCAAUUGUACAUUGACUAUUCGGAGAGAGACACAUGUCGUGUUUCAAAGUCAGGUAUCCGGUUGGUAUCAAGUUGGGAUACGGAAACAAAUUUAUUUUUUAUGUAACAUGUGGAAAAAUUUAUUUCUGUUGGGUUAACAUAGCAAAUGCAUGACAAAUAGAUAAAUGUUAUCAACCUGACAGAUUCAUGCAGAAGCGAUAAGCGCUUGUUUCGAAAUCCCGACGAAUUGAUCCGAAUGUAGAUCGACAGUUUUCCAUAUUCGAGAUGUAAGUUAGCAUAAAAGUGCCUAUGUAUAUCGAUUCAUAAAUUUCUUACUUACAUAUGUGAUUUGCCGUAUGUAGUAAGAAAAAGUUUCAUCACUCUUUUCUUUUCCGUGAUUAAUAAUUCUGUGUCAUGUUCGAUUACGAGAGGAUUGAGUCUGCUCGACGCCCCGCCAAAGAAAAACGGGCCUCAGCAAUUAAAGACUGACCAAGAGCUGCAUUAUACUAAAAAUUCUUGUAAGAGAGAUCACUUGCAUUAAAUAUAUUUGUACAUACCAUGUGUCUAUAGUUGUAACUUUAACAAAGAAUUUAUGCGGAAUAAAUUAUAUUUACCAUA